AUGUUCAGUAUCCCAAUUAAGGAGUGUGAAAUUGUAGAUACCAUAUUGGAUUCAAGUUUAAAAGAUGAACUCCUUAAAAUCAUGCCAGUUCAAAAGCAUACUUGUGCUGGCCAGAGAACCCGUUUUAAAGAAAUUGUUGCAAUGGGAGACCAUAACUGUCACGUUGGACUAGGAGUUAAAUAUGCUAAGGAGGUCGCUACAGCUAUUAGAGGUGCUAUUAUUCAGGCAAAGCUGUCAAUAAUUCCUGUAAGAAAAGGGUACUUGGGUAAUCAGAUUGGAAAACCACACACUGUUCCAUGUAAAGUGACUGGAAAAUGUGGUUCUGUGCCAGUACGUUUGAUCCCAGCUCCUCGUGGGACAGGCAUUGUUGGUGCUCCAGUUCCGAAAAAACUCCUUCAAAUGGCUGAUAUCCAUGAUGUCUACACAAAUGCUCGGGAUCAGACCUUAACCUUGGGAACAUAA